UAGUUUCAUUUACAUCUUCACGUAAAGUAGACAUGUCAGUUAAAGUCGCCGUAGUGACGGGAUCUAACAAAGGGAUCGGUUUUAGCAUCGUCAAAGGUUUGUGCAAAAGAUUUGAUGGGGUAGUGUACUUAACAUCGCGGGAUGAUGCUCGAGGCAGAGCCGCAGUCGAACAGCUCAAUGCAUUGGGCCUGUCCCCGCAUUACCACCAGCUGGAUGUCGUCGACCGCGCGAGCGUCCUCAGGUUCAGGGAUCACAUAAAGGAAAAAUACGGAGGAAUAGACAUACUGGUGAACAAUGCCGCCAUCGCCAACAGCGCCGAGUGGUAUAAUUCGUAUGAAGAAAAUAAAAAUAUCGUUGAAAUUAAUUAUAAAAGCAUAUUAACUAUUCAGGAAUUAUUAUUUCCCUUAGUAAGAAAUGGCGGUCGAAUUCUAAACAUUUCUAGUGAUUGUGGACAUUUAUCCAACAUAAAAAACAAAUACUGGAUUGGUAGAUUAUCGAAUGAAAAUCUGACUUUGAACGAUAUCAAUGAAUUUGUAGAAUGGUUUCUUGAAAAAUCGAAGAAUGGAAAUUUGUCCAAAGAGGACAUAGCGGAUAACGCAACAUUUGCAGCGUAUAGAGUGGCAAAAGUAGCUGUCAGUGCUUUAACGAUGUUGCAGCAGAAGGAACUGGAGGGAAGAAACAUAUGUGUGAACUCGAUGCACCCUGGCCUGGUGCGUACGGACAUGACCCUUGGCGCAGGCUUCUAUAGCGCAGACGAGGCGGCCGAAACUCCUCUGUACCUUGUGCUCGACGCCCCCGCCACUCUUAAGGGCUCUUAUAUCUGGUACGAUAAGAAAGUCUUGGAUUGGUAUGAUUGUAAUGCUGAUUAUUAUUUUAAAACUGCUACAUUGCAGAAAUGAUAUAAGAUUUUAAUAUAUUAAAUAUUA